UUUGUUAUUUCCAACAUGUGAUGUAAUUUAGCACCUCAUAGUCGAAAAAUAAAAGAUCAGGCAAAAAUGGCGAUGUAUCAAAACAUUUCUCGUGCGGUUAUCCGGUCUCGUUCAGCGAAUCAGCCGUCGGUAUUGUGUGCUUCGUAUCAUCAGAAAGUAAUAGAUCAUUAUGAAAAGCCAAGGAAUGUUGGUUCUAUGGACAAGAAGGAUGUCAAUGUAGGCACAGGUCUUGUUGGAGCUCCAGCCUGUGGUGAUGUGAUGAAACUUCAAAUUAAAGUUGAUGAAAACGGGAAAAUUAUUGAUGCAAAGUUCAAAACUUUUGGUUGUGGUUCAGCGAUUGCAUCAAGCUCAUUAGCCACUGAAUGGGUGAAAGGAAAAUCAGUUCAUGAUGCCUUGAAUAAAAAUACUGAAAUUGCGAAAGAAUUAUCGCUUCCACCAGUCAAACUGCAUUGUUCUAUGCUUGCUGAGGAUGCAAUCAAAGCAGCAUUGAAGGAUUACCAAGUGAAACAAACUUUACAGAAGAAAAAAGAAGAAAAAAGGAGUGCUGUUGCUCAGUAGAGGGCAACCAGUAGCUUUUUGUAGAGGCAGAGAAAAAUCUCUACCAAUUUAUGUGAUGAAAAUUUGAGAUAUUUCUGGAGGUAGCUAACAGUGGGCACGUAACAAGAAGUUACUACCUUUGCUUAACUACACCGAAGUAAUCUUUUAAGAUUUGUAAUAUCGAACGAAAUACAUGAAACAAGCGAAA